CGGUGGGGAGGCGCAGCCGCUCACCUGCGGGGCCGGGCGCGGAGGAGGGAUCAGGCUGCGCGCUCUCAGGCCGAAGAGCCAGGACGCGCCCGUAGCCCCGCAAGCCGCCAAGCUCUGGGCGUCCCCCUCCCCCGGGCCGGGCGAACCCGAGGGGUGCAGCUCUUUGCUUUGACAAGCGGCCGGGCGGAGGCGUGGAGAGCAGCGAGCCAGCGAGCGAGCCAGACUGAGAAACUCGAGCCGGGAACAAAGAGGGGUCGGGCUGUGUGUGUUUCGGCUCCAGCUCCGGGCAGAAGCUUUUGGGUCCGCGGUCCCUGCUGUGACUCCCCGAGACCCAGCCGUGCCCUCCACUGCCGACUCCCUGAGCUUGCACGCACAAACUUUAUUCUUGGCAAACUUCUUUUCCUUUUCUUCCCCUCCUCCUCCGCCCCCACCUUCUCCUCCGGCAGAUUAAAUUCGCCUGGAGAAGGAAAACCGAAGCGAAAGGGAAGGAAACAAGAAGCUCUAAAACGGACAUCUCCAACCCUGGUGGCUUUUUUUUUUUUUUUUUUUUUUUUUUGCUCUCCAGGAAGUGGACAUUCAUUAUCUUCUGAUUCUCCUUGCACCGUCUCUACUGGGGCAAACGGAGCCGUUUUGCCCGAGUCCCUUAUUUUUCCGGGAAACAAACUCCCAGAUCGGCCUCCGGGGGAGCUGAGGUGGAGAGAUUUGCGUAGAGACGCGCCGGCGGACCCUCCUCUGCACUUCGGAGACUCGAACCUCCUACGACCCGGGAGACGCUGGGGGCGUCGGGUGGCCGCCCGGGCAGUCUAGCCUAGCGUGCGCCACGCUGCACGGCGCAGACGCCCCCAGAGGCGCCGGCAGCGGCGGCCCUCGCAGCCCUGUGUCCUUCGGCCUCGCGGACGGGUGCCGGCGUGGGUCUCGGCCGAGUGGGAAGACGCGGACGGCCGCCGGGACGCGGACGCCGCUGCAGUUGCUCAGGCUGCCGGCCGCCAGCCCUGCGCUCGCCAGCCCGGCUUCCGCCUGCUGUCGUCCCUCACACACCCUUCCAAUUCUCCUUCUCCUCCCCCACCUUUCCUUUACCCUUUCUCUCUUCUGCUGUCGCCUGGGGUGCUCCCCCAGCGGAGCGGAGAUUACAGAGUGGUCGGGAUGCCCCAACUCUCCGGGGCAGGCGGCGGCGGGGGGGACCCGGAACUCUGCGCCACGGACGAGAUGAUCCCCUUCAAGGACGAGGGCGAUCCCCAGAAAGAGAAGAUUUUCGCUGAGAUCAGUCACCCUGAAGAGGAAGGUGACUUAGCCGACAUCAAGUCCUCCUUGGUUAACGAGUCCGAAAUCAUCCCGGCGAGCAACGGACACGAGGUGGCCAGACAAGCACAGAGCUCUCAGGAGUCCUACCAUGACAAGGCCAGAGAACACCCUGAUGACGGAAAGCAUCCAGAUGGAGGCCUCUACAACAAGGGGCCCUCUUACUCGAGUUAUUCCGGAUACAUAAUGAUGCCAAAUAUGAAUAAUGACCCAUACAUGUCAAAUGGAUCUCUUUCUCCACCCAUCCCGAGAACAUCAAAUAAAGUGCCCGUGGUGCAGCCGUCCCAUGCAGUCCAUCCUCUCACUCCCCUCAUCACUUACAGCGACGAGCACUUUUCUCCAGGAUCACACCCAUCACACAUCCCAUCAGAUGUCAACUCCAAACAAGGCAUGUCCAGACACCCUCCAGCUCCUGAGAUCCCUACUUUUUAUCCCCUGUCUCCGGGUGGUGUUGGACAGAUUACCCCACCUCUUGGCUGGCAAGGUCAGCCUGUAUAUCCCAUCACGGGAGGAUUCAGGCAACCCUACCCAUCCUCACUGUCAGUCGACACUUCCAUGUCCAGGUUUUCUCAUCAUAUGAUUCCUGGUCCUCCUGGUCCCCACACAACUGGCAUCCCUCAUCCAGCUAUUGUAACGCCUCAGGUCAAACAAGAACACCCCCACACUGACAGUGACCUAAUGCACGUGAAGCCUCAGCAUGAACAGAGAAAGGAGCAAGAGCCAAAAAGACCUCACAUUAAGAAGCCUCUGAAUGCUUUUAUGUUAUACAUGAAAGAAAUGAGAGCGAACGUCGUAGCUGAGUGUACUCUAAAGGAAAGUGCAGCUAUCAACCAGAUUCUAGGCAGAAGGUUAAAGGUCCCUGGUCCUCCAGCAGGAGUUAUUUUCCUGCUCAAGAGAUGGCAUGCCCUCUCCCGUGAAGAACAGGCUAAAUAUUAUGAAUUAGCACGGAAGGAAAGACAGCUACAUAUGCAGCUCUAUCCAGGCUGGUCUGCAAGAGACAAUUAUGGUAAGAAAAAGAAGAGGAAGAGAGAGAAACUACAGGAAUCUACAUCAGGUACAGGUCCAAGAAUGACAGCUGCCUACAUCUGAAACAUGGUCUGAGUGGCCCUGUGUAACUAUUAAGCACCUGUAUGAUCUUGAAAACAACUUGUCCACGCUGUGGUUGCUCUUCAGUUCCUGUCUCAGUCACCUCCUGCCUCUCCUCCUCGGAGCCAGUGCUCAGAAGCCCUGUCCCUCACUGGGGCCUUUGCUUCCCCACUGAUGCCAUCAUGUGGUCGGCUCCUUGUUUGCCAGACUUGAGUCCCACUAGUACUGGCUUCAGCUUAGAAGCUGAAGACAGAAGAAAUAUCUGGUUAGACUUGAUUCUCCAGAUGGUGUAAAGUGAAAUCUCACGGGACUCGUUUUCAGUGCUGAAGGGAAGUUCUGAAAUCAUGGCCCUCCCUUGAGGAAGGUAAAGCUAACGGAACACAGAGCCUCAGACAGGGAAGAAGCUGUGACUCCAACAUGAAGAGAUUCGUGAGAGGGUUUCCUUCUGCGCAGUGAAACUUAACAUUAUCUUGGUGCCCUUAAAGAAAACCCCUAUUGCUAGAAGGAUGGUUGAGCUUAGAUGUCCAUGAGGUAGCGUAAAUGCUAGAGAACUUUCAUUACUCUGAACUAGCAUGGACAAUGGACUAUAAGGAAAAUACCCCACUAAUAACAAAAAGACUCUCCUCUGUGAUUAGAAAAGCCCUUUGAAAAUUUGUGUUUCUGCUCCUUAAAAUAUAUGCCUUACGUUCCUUGCUUUCACUUUGUUGGUAGGGAAGGCCAUUGCAAUCCUCAUACACCCAGCGCUGUCCCCAUCUCCCUGUGUGUUUCUACCUUUCAGCUUUGUAUAAGAAUAUUGACUCUGCUGAAAUCAGGUGGAAACAAAGAAAUUAGCAUGAAACCAGUCUCAACACUUAGCAACAAACCAAUUUUAGAAUAAUUAGAAACGGGAUCCCUAAAAGGCACUCCUCCAGGUCGGAGGUGAUUCCCACGCUGCAGGAUCUUUCAAGAAAUCCAAAUUCACCUUGAGCCUUUUGGACUAACUUGUUACUUGUGGGAAAGCUGGGAUCCCGGGGCCUCAGGCAGUGAGACAGCAUACCUUGUCCUGUGUUAAGCUGGAUGGCCAGUAUCAUAAAUGCCACUCAUUUGUUUAUUCACUCUCCAAACAUACAGUGACAUCUACUCUUGCAAGUUAACAGCUGCUUUAAGCAGUGGGGUUACUUGCUAAACAGACCCUGUCUGUUCCCAGAGGAGUUCUGGGUUUAGGGAGGCACAGACAUACAAAUGGAUAAUUAUGAAAUAAUACGUUUUAUGCUAUGAAGGAAGUGCAUACAGUGUACUGCAUAAAAAUAAAGAGAACAAAAAGUACAUGCAGCAGAGUGAGAACAAGGAAGGCUUCCUGGAGUAGGUAACACUUGAGCUGUCCAGUCAUGAAGGAAUUCUUGGAUUUGAUAGAACAACAAUCAAGUUACUGUGAGUUUCUGGUGUCUUGGUACACAUUUGAUUUGGAAUAUGUAACAUCUUAAGAGUUUGUCGGAAGUCAGAGAUUAUCAUCAAAUUCUGACCUUCCCUUUCUUCCCGACUUAAUCAAGAUGCAUAAGGAAUUAAAAGAAGCAAAGAAAUAGAAUUUUUGAAAAGCUGAAGAGAAUUAUCAUUCUGAUUUUACUAACUUAAAAACAACUUUACAGAUUGGUUUAUUUUAGUUUAGCAAAACAUACAAAGUCCACUAUCUUAAAAUUGUAUAAAUUAAAAAGAUAUAUUUCAAUGUAUUUCCUUUGAUUAUAUAAUGUCAAAGAGCUAGUUUACAAGUAGAAGCAAGCUAUCUUUUUUAAAAAAUAAAACCUUUGGUUAGACACACACCUAGAGAUACACAUAGGCACUCAAUACAGAUGUCGUUUUGUACACGCUGUUUUAGGCCUUGGCAUAAUCUUUAUCUUGUACACUUGCUAAACCGAGAAAUUAAAAUUUUUUUUACUAAAUAAAAACUUGAGCCUUUGUUUCUCUGAAUCCAAGAAGUGUGUCAGAGAGGUAAUUUCUAGUACAGUGUAGAAAGCAGUAGUGCAGUGCUUGGAUUUACAUCUUUUUUAAGAAAAGGUUUCCAGUUUUUGAUUUGAUUGGAAAUCCUCAUCCUCAGGACCAAGAGGCUCAUGACUUUAAAGGUCUCCUAGGAGCCUUGCCGGAAGCCCUGCCCUCUUAAGAGCCAGGGAGAGGUCUCAGUACUUUCAGUGGUCUCUUUGAGAAAAAUAUUUAUUUCAUAGUGUUGGUAAGGCUUACCCUGGUGAGUUUUGACACUUUUGCCUAAUCUUUGCUCUGAACUCUGUUCCCUGAGUACAGAUGGUGGUCAGUCACCCGUAUUAUCAAUGAGCCUCUGGGCGUUUGUUCCCAGGUUGGCCAGUCUAGAUAAGAAAGUAAAACCAAGCACUUUUAUGUAAUAAAGUUGGAAGCAGCUAGAGAAACAGGCUUGUCCAAAGUCUCAAAAGUGAAGACUCUGAUAACGAGAAAGUGAAAAAGCCAUAUCCUGUUUUCCAUUCUUCGUUUUUAGUCACACGCUAGGCACUAAGUAUGUCAAGCACUUAGGGAGCCCGUGGCCUAGAAUUGCCACUAACCAUGCGGAGGUGGGAGACAAGCUCGGCACAGCCACAGUGGCAGUGCACGGCCACUCAUUCCCUUCUCACUGCUGUCUCCAAGCUCUACCAGAGCAUCCUCUGGUUUGGAGGCCCAGCCAAGUGUGGCCCAACUCCUUGCCAGUUAGCCAAGGACUUGGAUCCUGAUGAAAACAAUCACGGGUGUUCACUUGUCUUGUCAAGAUCCCAAGGGAACUCGGCCUGUUCCUGUCUGAGGUAGUGGCCCACCUGUGUCUCCCCUCCUCUGAUGUUUGUCCACAAAUCCCUGCUCAACUUGUAGAGGAUUCGCACAGCAGUGACCCAACUAGAGUGUCUUUACUAGGGACUCCCUAGUGGGAAAUUCAGACAUUGACAGCGAAGGCCACCUUGAUCACACUGUCUUAGACAGAGAUGGCUGUCUGACGGCACUGCCGGGUUCCAGUGAAUUGUGUGCAGACUGCAGGCUUUCAGGUUCUAGCCCAUCUCCAGGAUGCCUUGUGAGUGUUCAUGUGAUGGGAGCCUUUUGACCACAAGGAGCAGAAACGACCCAUGCUAGUCUAAGGAAAACUAUCUUAGGGAUGCAGAAGCACCUUGUGGAAGCCAAAGACGAUAGGGCAGGUGGCCCGAGGAAACUACUAGAAGGUGGUCUGGGAGAACUGUCCAAAUGCUUUUUCUGUCUCCUUCGUCUGCUCCAUCCACUAAAAUUACACCCUUCCUUCCAUAGAAUGACCUCCUCUGUUCUUUGAUCUGCACUUCCAGAACCCCAAACUCUGUGUUGUUACAGUAUCAGUCUCCCAAAGAGAUAAUUCCUUCAGAUUACAGAGAAGGGACCCUGGCUAGCCCAGCUUGAGUCAAACUUCGACCCCAGUCCAUAAUCAAGUGUUGCAGAGGAGAUGGUCACACAGUACAGAGUGGCUGCUGGGGGUUCGCAGCGCCAACCGUGGGUGUGCUGGAGUUGGGACAGUCAGGAAGGAGGCAGGCUGCAAGCCUGCAGAUGUCCACCACAGCUCACUAAUAAGCUGGUGGCUGGGGGGAUUUGACCUAGGCAGCUGUGCAUUACUGAAGGAACUAAGAGAGGAUCAGACAUUUGGUGAGAGCUUUUCAAAUCGCUGCUGUGCUGUAAUAUCCUUUCCCUCAAUUCUUUUUCCCUCUUUAAUGGUCAGAAGAGCUAGGAUUAUGUUUAAGUUUCCUUGGGAAACAGGAAGCGGAACUGAACCCUUGGCUGUAGCAAGAGUGAUCAUGUGCCAUUAAAAAAUAAUAGGAGAUGGAAGAAAGAGGCUUGCUACAACCCUCUUGAGAUACAUAAUAUUUAGUAUUGUUCAUGAAAACCCAUGAAAUUAAGAUCAGUGCUUGUAAGAAUAGUUCAUAGACUUAAAUUAUUUUGGACAAGUUUGGUUUAAUGUUUUUUCUUACUGAGCCAUCUCAAAAUGUGAGGGAAUUAUCCUUCUGGAUAAUGGAGUUUCCCAAAGAACUCCAGGUUUACCUCCUUAAGUACCUAAAGCUGUAAUUUCUCAUUUUAACACUUGGGUACACCUCUUUCUUCAACAGAGUACACAAAAACUAAAUACUUUCUAAUGCCCCAUGCCAUUAUUCUGCAGUGCAUGUAUUCUACAUAUGAUCUAUGGUAGUAAGGAAAUGACACUAUCUGACCCUGUUCUAAAUGACCUCAAGUAAUGUGGGAUUUUUUUUCUUUAAACCUGCUCUUUUUAACUUAUUAGGUCUUCCUGUUCUGUCUAGGACUGUACGCCUCCCCUAAAGUAGUAAAUCUGUUCCUUCUGAUUCAUUUUGUGGAUGUGGGAACCAGAAAACAAAGCUCACUUGAAUAAUAUAUAAAUUCAGAAGAAAUGGAUCUGGAGUUCCAUCGUGGCUCAGCAGAAACGAAUCUGAAUAGCAUCCAUGAGGAUGCAGGUUCAGUCGCU